ACUCCAACUCGUCUCUACACUUUUCAGUUAAAGAUCUCAUUAGCGACGACGACAACAAGCGUGACACUUACCCAUCCGACCGGCCAUCAACAUGAAAUGCAAAUACGUCUUUGGCGUCGCCCUAGCGCUGAUUGUUGCCAGCUGUUUGGUUCAGGGCUCGCAAGCAGAUCUUAAAUCCGAUUUCCAUGAAUUUCUUGCUUUGGUGCCUCGCAACCGCAUCGGUUACAUCGCUGCUCGUCACUUCAUUAUGGAUGAGCAAUUCCGCGUUGCACUCAAGUAUUUACGCAGCUCCCAGUUCGCCCAGACUUGGCGUCGCAUACGCAACACGGGGGAAUUUCUCGAUUUGGUGGGUUAUUUGCAAACGCAUAACGUAUCACUGCCAGCGCUGCAGGAUGUGACGGCAGCCAUUGAUAAAUUGCCAAAUCAAUUGCGCGCAUUCCGCAUUCCGUCCAAAGUACCCGUCACCGUGAUGAUGCAAAGGAAUUUGGUGUCGUUUAUGCGCGAAGUUAUGCAGUCAAUGCCACGUGCACGUUUUUCCGGUUUAAUGGCGCGUAAAGUAAGCGAAGGCGGUGAUUUUGCCAGACUCUACGGUGCCGUGAAGCAGGAGGAGUUCAAACAAUUGGUUGCCAAAGCCAAGACGUCACCUAAUCUUGCGCCAUCCUGGAGAGAGUUGAGGAGAAAUAAUAUUGAGAUUAAUGAUUUUAUACAAUUGGCCUAUGAAAUUUUAUCGUGGGGACCAUAGCAAUAUUCGGGUGAUAUUUAUGUUAUGUAAGAUAUUUAUUUAUUAUAGUAUAUGUAAUUAUAAAAAUAAACAGUUAUUAUUUAUUA